CACUUUGAAUGCUUUCCUUCACACGCCUUACUUUGUAGAAACGACAACAACCUUACUCGGGAAAUAUUAUUGAGUUUAUCUGUAGCUUCGAUAUAGUCGACAGAAGACACAAAAAAAUAAGCUCUCCCUCCGAGCGCAUUCCUGGGAGACGACAUGAGUGUACUCAUUGAGACAUCAGUUGGCGAUGUUGUCAUAGACCUCUACAUCAAGGAAGCUCCAGAAACGUGCCUCAACUUCCUCAAACUUUGCAAGGUUAAAUACUACAAUUUCUGUUGCUUUCACAAUGUGCAGCGCGAUUUUAUGAUUCAAACUGGUGAUCCUACGGCAACAGGCCAUGGUGGAGAAUCCAUUUAUGGGCUACUAGACAAGACAAACUCAGACCCCCGCAAAAAGUACCUUCCUGCCGAGAUUAAUCCAAAACUGAAGCACAAGGAAAAGGGGACAGUCUCCAUGGCUAUUGCAGGGGCGAGCACAGGAUCAAAUCAGGAAGUGAAUAGUGUCCUUGGAUCCGAUAGAGGAGCUGGAGUCAUUGGAUCCCAAUUUUUUAUCACUAUGGCAAAUGACCUGGAUUAUUUAGAUGGCCGGUACACCAUCUUUGGGAAAGUAGCAGAAGGGAUGGAUGUCCUAGAGAAGAUCAAUAGUGCAUACACUGAUUCCAAUUUCCGUCCCUUUAAGGACAUUCGCAUCAAACACACCAUCAUUUUGGAAGAUCCUUUUCCUGAUCCUGAGGGUCUUGAAGUACCAGAUGAAUCACCCUUGCCAACACAGGCCAUGCUGGACACCGUACGCAUUGGUGAUGACGAGGAAAUUGAAUCCCUACUGCCACCAGAAGAAGAAGAGCGGAUUCGACGACUAAAGGAAGCUCAAGCCAGAGCUCUUACAUUGGAAAUGGUGGGCGACCUGCCUUUUGCAGAGAUUAAGCCUCCAGAAAAUGUCCUGUUUGUUGCGCAACUCAAUCCUGCAACACGGUCUGAGGAUCUAGAGCUUAUCUUCUCGAGGUUUGGGCUUAUUUUGAGUUGUGAAGUUAUCCGGGAUAAAAGGACAGGCGACUCUUUAUGUUACGCAUUUAUCGAAUUUGAAAAGGAGGAAGAUUGCUCGGAAGCAUACUUCAAAAUGAACAAUGUCCUUAUUGACGAUCGACGUAUUCAUGUGGAUUUCUCUCAGAGCGUGAGCAAAUUACAUAAAGACUGGAUGGUUAAGAAGGUUAAAUCCAAACAAGGUGGGGGAGGAGUUGGGAUCGAGGAUUUAAACUUGGAACAGCGGUCAAGGUAUAGGGAUGAAGAUAGGUCGUCAGGUCGAUCAGGUUACGAUUAUGUUUUUGAUGAUAAACAGGACUCGCGGCGGAGUGGUAAGAGUCAUCAUAGUAGCAGAGAUAAUAGGCAGCAACGAGAUCGGGGUAGUCGGCACGAUAGUUCGAGCUCGCGUAAUCAACACCGUCGGAGGUCGAGAUCACGCUCUGCAAGUCCUGGUGCUACGAAGAGAACAGAUGGUCGGGAUCGCGACCGAGAAUGGGAUCGAGAUCGAGGUCGAGACAGGGAUAGAGACAGGGAUAGAGAUAGGAACAGAGACAGGGACCGUGAUAGAGAUUCACAUAGGAGUAAUUAUAGACGAUAGUCAAUAAAGCUUUUUAAUCGGGUUGUG